ACUCGUUCUAGGUCUCUUUGUCUUUGUUUCAGCUCACAAUCUUCACUUCUCAAUUCAAAUCUUCAGCAAUCCCGAACCUUGAUUCAGUUUUCCAAUUUUACCCCUGCACUAUAUUUUAAUUACCAGAGUAGACAGCUCUUUGAUGAGAAAGAUUUGAAUUGGUAAAAUGAUCGUUAGAAAGUACAAUCGGCGGAAUAGAAGCUUGACGCGAAACUGUUCUGAUGAGUACGACGCCGUUUCGGAUGAGUACGACACUGUUCUGUCGCAAGAGAAUAGUCAGGACGUGUUUGGCGUUCCGUUUUCUUCACAGGGGUCGUCUUCGCGGUGGAGCUUCGAGUCGGAUCUGUUCGGGUCGAAUUGUUCCCAAGAUUCGGGUCAAUUGGGGAUCCGGACACGGGGGGAGAUAGGGGUGAGUGGAAUUGAGGGGGGUGAUUUGGGUGGGAGUAGGGUUUUGAAGAAGCCGAGAAAUGAGUUUGAUUUCGAGGCCUAUGGGUUGGAUUUCUCGCAAGAAUCGCAGGAAUUGGCGAUUUUGCCGCCCAAGAUUGGUGGGGAUUUGGAGAUUGGUGGUGGGGUUUUCGGGAAAUCGAAGAAAGUGGGGAAUGGUGGGGAAUUGGGGAUUGAUGGUGGGGUUUUUGGAAAAUCAAAGAAAGUGGGGAAGAAGGGGGGGAAAGUGAAGGAGAAGAGGGAGGUUUACAUGCCCGUGGUGGAGCAGACGAAGACGUUGAUGGAGACUCAGGAGUUUGGGGAAAUGAUGGAGCAUGAGGAUGAGGUUUAUUUUGCGUUGGAUGGGUUGAGAAAAGGGCAGCAAGCAAGGAUUAGGCGCGCGAGUUUGUUGUCUUUGUUGGCGAUUAGUAAGACUGCUCAACAGCGUCGGCAUUUGAGAACUAAUGGGACAGCAAAAACAAUUCUAGAUGCUGUCAUGGGACUCAGUUUGGAUGAUCCACCUAGCAACCUUGCUGCUGCAGCUCUUUUUUACAUCCUUACCAGUGAUGGUCAAGAGGAUCGGCUUAUUGAUUCACCCAGUUGCAUUCGUUUUUUAAUGAAAAUGGUGAAGCCACUCUCCACUAACACUUCUAAAGUCAAAGCUCCAUCCAUUGGCUCCAAACUUUUAGCAUUGAGGAAGGAUUCCUCCUGCUCACAAGGUAUUAAUGAUGUAGAAUCGACAUCUAGUGCCAUCUUUCUAAAGGUUCAGGAGCUUCUUAUCAGUUGCAAGCAAAUGAAGCCUAGAGAUGGGAAAGAUAAUGUAAAAGAAAAGCCAGAAUUGAGUCCAAAAUGGAUAUCUUUACUAACAAUGGAGAAAGCUUGCUUAUCUACCAUAUCUUUUGAAGAGACCUCAGGGAAUGUGCGAAAGGCCGGGGGAAACUUUAAGGAAAAAUUCAGAGAGCAUGGGGGACUUGAUGCAGUAUUUGAUGUGACCAGACAGUGUCAUUUGAAUAUGAAGAGAUGGUUAUCAGAUCUUGCAUGUCAAGUUCUUGAAGAAUCUAAAGAUGAUGUGAACUUAGAAAGUUUGAUGCUGCUCUUGAAGUGUCUGAAGAUUAUGGAAAAUGCUACGUUUCUUAGUCAGGAUAAUCAGAGCCAUUUACUUGGGAUGAGGAGUAAACCUAACUCUGAACAUCAACCACAAUCUUUCACAAAACUUAUGCUAAGCAUUAUUCAGAUUUUAUCAGGAAUUUCUUUGCAUUUAAACACUUCAGAUAGUGCUGAUGAUGAAAUGUUGUGCAGUUCUUCAGGAAGACCUGCAGCAGAAAAGCACAAUGAUAGCAACGGGAACAAUGAAAUUGUUUAUAUCAGCUCUUCUACGGAGUUUCCUAGCACGCAGUGGACUUCUUCUCAAACCAGCUCCAAUUUAUCCCAAAACAGUAGACAGUUGGCUUCCAUUCAAUUAGGGAGUUCCAAAUCCAUUUCUGAUACCACCACUAAGUGUCCAGCGGAAGCUACAAUGUUGAAGAUUAGAUCUGAUUCUUCUGCAAAUAACUCAUGCAGUGGUGCGGUAGGAUGUUCAAAUGGGCAAAAUCGGCCAAGUAAUAGCUCAUGGCUAAAAUUUGCCAUCUCCAAGACAUCUGACGCCUCCGAAGGUACCCGAAUUGAACUCCUGGAGGAAAGCCAAGAUCCUUUUGCUUUUGAUGAAGGUGAUUUUGAGCCAUCUAAGUGGGAUUUACUAUACGGGAAAGAAAGUGUCUCUCAGAAUGAGAAAACAAAUUUAGCAGAUGAAGAACAUAAAAGUGUAUGCCAACCUCACCUGAGUUUAGGCCAUGAAGAAUUGAGUAGCAUGGAAAAUCAACAUUCCUCUCAAAGCUCUCCUCAGGCCUCUUGUUCUUCUGCUGUGGAUGAAGAGAAGUCCAGCCUUCUGUCAAAUUGCCUUCUUACAGCUGUUAAAGUUCUGAUGAAUUUGACAAAUGAUAAUUCUGUUGGCUGUCGGCAAAUUGCUUCCUGUGGAGGCCUAGAAACGUUGUCAUCAUUGAUAGCUGGACAUUUUCCAACAUAUAGCUCACAUUUCUCUCCUUCCACUAAUCCACAAAAGCAUAGCUUGUUGUCGAACAAAAUUCUAACAGAUGAUGAGUUAGAUUUUCUUGUUGCUCUCUUGGGCUUGCUUGUGAACUUGGUGGAAAAAAAUGGCGAGAACAGAUCACGGCUUGCAGCAACUAGUGUUUCAUGUCCUGCCUUAAAAGGAUUUGAAAGUGAAAGUAGGGAUGUGAUUCCACUAUUAUGCUCCAUAUUUUUGGCCAACCAAGGUGCUGGAGAGGCAGCGGAAGAAGGGAGAAAUAUGCCUUCGGAUGAAGAGGAUGUGCUAUUACAGGGGGAGAAAGAGGCGGAGAAAAUGAUUGUUGAAGCUUAUUCAGCCCUUCUUCUGGCAUUCCUUUCGACCGAAAGUACGGACAUACGCAGUGCAAUCUCUAAUUGUCUCCCAGAUCACAAGCUGUCCAUUCUGGUUCCUGUGUUGGAGAGAUUUGUGGAAUUUCAUUUGACACUUAACAUGAUUUCUCCGGAGACCCACACAACAGUGCUUGAAGUUAUUGAAUCAUGUAGAAUGCCUUGAAUGAUCAAUACUUGGAUGAGGAGAGGUCCGCCCCUCUCAAACACAACCAUACUCUGAGAUUGAAUCAUUAGAGUGAUUGUAAACCAAGAUGGGACAUUACACCAGCUUCAAAAAGUCGGGAAUGCUUUACCUGGCUCCAUCACAGCGAAACUGACCACAGGCUUACAGUAGUCUUAAUAGUUUCUUCAUCUACAUUGUGUUUAGAUAGGAAGACUGGCACAUUUUGUUUGUAUCCUUGUCUCUGUAUCUUUUAUAUAUGUUUUUGUUUUCCCCCCCAUUAUUUUCUUCAAGUUCUUUCACCAUCUCCUGUGAAGGUCUGGAGGCUUAUUCUUGUAUACCGAACAACAGUAGCGAAAUUUAGUUGCUUAUGAUGCAUGUGCUGUGUAAUUUGUAAUCUGACCCUUAUAUGAGUGAUUUCUAGAUUGUAUAUAUAUAAUCCUCUCCUUUCUUUUC